GGUCAGAGACUACUAUGUGUAGCGUGUUGGUACGUAGUUUGAAUUGUACUGCCGGUAGUUUAAGUUAUAACGCCCCUUUGUGCAUCAUAGUGACUGGUUUAUGUUAUUGUUUGAGAACCUAAUGUGUUUUGUGAAUUGACCUUUUGAAAAUGACUUCAACUGCAUUUCAGAUCACUAUAUCUCCGCAGCAGAAGCGCAAAAUAAGUGAUGAUGACAAAAGUGAAGAUUCGUAUGAAAGUUGUCUCAUACUGGCACCAUUCAACAAAUGCCCAACAGUACAUUUUGAUAAUGUGAAACUUGGUACUGUUGCAGUGAGGGUUCUUAAAUUGGUGAACCCUUCUCAUGUUUCAUUGGAGGUUAGAUUACUGGACAUUCCUGAAAGAAAAUGUGGACUUUUAUUCAGUGCUGACAAUUUCACUUUGUUGCCCUCAGAAAAAAUCUGUGUCAAUAUUUCAUGGGCUCCAAUUGAACAUGGUUCAUGGCAUCACACAGUGAAAGUAGUAACUGACAAAAAAGGCAGCUACAGCCUUAGAAUUGUCUGCAGCUCUGCAAAAAUACAGAAGAAGAAGAAUGCGUACAAACCAUUAAGAGAUCAUAACCAGUCAACAGUUAUAUCCAAAAAAGUAAAAAAACCUUGGGUUUCCAUUACUCAUACGAGAUAUGAAGAUCACAUAAAUAGCAGAUCUGAACAAAAUAUGACAUCAAAACAAAAUAAGUUUAAACCUGCACAAAGCUUCAAUUUCAGCUCUACUGAAGUGCCUCAGUUUCCAGGUGUAAGGACACCACGAAGAGAUACAUAUGUACUGAAAAAUAUGAAACACAAUGAGGGAAAGGAGAAUAUAGUUCAUGAAGAUAAAUUUAAGUUACCCUCCAGAGUGAAAGUUCCAAAAUCUGGAGUUAGACUCGGUUCCACAAACGAUUUGUGUCUAUCUCCAUUACACUCUGUACUAACAGAUGAUGUAUUUAAGUCAAAUACUUCAGUUUCGCCUUCAUUUGAUAUAAAACUUAAGAAUUUCUGUUUCACCCCAGAUUUUAACCUUAAAAAAACUGUAUCUCAUGGAUUUAAUCAAAAUUUUGUUCCUCCAGGCAAGAGACAAGACUUCUCAAUGUGUAAGAACACGGUGACGACGACGACGACAAAAACAACAACCAGGGAAUGGUACAAUGGUAAUGAUUCUGCAUUUUCCUUUACGAAAUCUACAAAACUGAAAGAAUAUAGUUUUUCAUUUGCCAGUACCCCUAGAAAAAGUGGCUCUUCAUGCUCUGAAACAUUUGAUGAUAGUUUAGAAGUUGAUCCACCAACAGCUUCAGUACAUUUUGAUAAAGUUAUCACCCAGAGAAAAUGCUUUGAUGAAGUUAAAACCCCUCCAGGAUUUUAUCUCACGAAGAGAGAUUUAAACACGGAUUUUAAUGAACAACCUUGGGGUGAAGCUACUUCAGCUGAUUUAAAUUUAGAUUUUGAAUCAUUCAAUGUACAGCCCAUGUCAUGGCCCCCUGACUUGAGUUUUCAGAGCACACCACUAAAAAAUCCCACAUUAAAAUUAUCACCAAUAAAACAUGCCAAAAUGGAUUUUAGUUUUCCAUUGGAUUCAAAGGAAUCUGAAAUUGAUAAGGGUAAAAGUAAAGGCUCAUAUGAGCUUCUUGAAGAUGAAAUGAAUACCACCUAUCUACUAGAACAGAAAGCAACACUCUCUGUGGUAGAUGAAGCAAUGGAAGAUGAAUACAGUGUUGCUGAAAAAACUGCAGAACCUGUUAUAAAAAAAGAAAUAUUUGAUGACUUUAACUUCAGUUUCCUAAAUCAUCAGAAAUCAGUUUUGUCGUGUGGAGAGACUGGAUUGCAAAAUACAAGCAACAUAUUUACUUCAAAAGUACUGAGUAAUUCCCCAUCCGAGAAGCCAGAGACUAAUGUGCUUGGGUUUGAAAUGCUGGAGGAGACGGAUGAAGAAACUACAAAAACAACAAAUAAAGAGCAUAAAUAUGGAGGAGACAGUGCAGCUGAGGAAUGUAAGGGACCUCCAAGCAGAUGUCAAGCAAUUGCUUUUAAUUUUUCACCACCAAAACACACCAGUGAAAGCAAGUUACCGACAAAAAUGAGAAGUCCAGUAGGAUUUAAAUCUGGACCAACAUGCAAAAGGAUCGCAAAUCUCUCUCUCAAGAAGCCUUUCAAAUCACCCUUGAAGAUGAAGAGGACAUAUGAGGCAUCUCUGAAAUCAGGUGUCAAGCAAGCCCUGAAAGAAAGUACUGGCAUACAUCGGGGUCAUGCAACUACAGAGAAUAAUAUUGCUGGAGGUGUUGUUGUUGUGGAUCACAAGAAGAAGGUGGCACAGAAGAGAGUGAAAUGUGAAGACAUAACUAACAUGGCAACAUUUAUUGGAAACGUUAUAAAUCCAAAUAUUCCUGUUUCUUCUCUUGAUCCAUUUCUGACAUGGAAUGCGUAUUAUGAUCAACAGUGGGUUGAUGCAUGUGAAAGACACUUCAUAAAAUGGCUGAAUUCACUGCUAACACCACCAGCCACUUUAGCCUGCAACUCUGAAUCAGUAACAGUGGAUAUUGUUGCACUUUGGAAACAAACAUCUAAGCAACAGAAAAUUGACUUAGCACAGAGCCGUGAAGUGGUUUCCUCUUUGUACAACACCAAUGAGAGGUUGAACUCACUGCGAAAAGCUGCUCGUUUACUGUUCAAGUCGAAUGAAGUUGUGGAAGUUUUGAGUAAAGUAACUGCAGGAAUAGAGAAAAAAGUACUAUGUAUCCGCGAUGAUAAAGCACUCUUACAGGAUAUCGGUCUAAAGCAGUAUAUCUUAAAACUGCUUCUAUGCUACAAUCCUCUGUGGCUGCGAAUAGGCCUGGAAACAAUUUACGGAAAAAAUAUUUUACUAUCAUCCAACUCUGAUGUGCAAGGCUUAACAGCAUUUCUUGUGCACAAUUUUCUGGAAGACCGUUACAUCAAACAGAAAUACAACCAUUCUAAAGCUCUGCAUAUGUAUGACACAGCAUAUGUUCAAGCUAUGAAAAAGUUCAUAUUAAAGAAGUUUUUCUCUCUUGUAUACGUCCUAGAUCGAGCAAAAGAGAGAAAACUGAUUGGUCAUGAUCCAUGUUUGUUCAAUAAAAAUGCUAUGUACAAGUCAAGUCGUGAAGUGUUGCUGGCGUUUUCCAGAGAAUUUUUGUCAGCUGUUGGUGACGUCACAAAGUGCCUGCGACAUUUUGGUUACGUUGUAACUCAUGAACAGUCAUAUCUGAAUGAGUUUGAUUAUGCUGUGACCAAGCUUCUUGAUCUUCGGGAUGGUAUUCGCUUGUGUCGUGUUAUGGAAAUAAUACUGCAAGACGAAACCAUCAUGUCAAAGCUUAGAGCACCGGCUUUGUCAAGGCUGCAGAAAAUACACAAUGUGGGACUUGCAUUUGCAUCUCUAAUUUCGGCAGGCUUUGAUAUAAAAAGCAAUAUUACAUCACGUGACAUUGUAGAUGGUCACAGAGAAAAAACACUUUCGUUACUGUGGCAGAUACUCCUGAAGUUUCAGCUACCCAAAUAUGAGGCUGCUGCAGUGAAGCUACAACGUUGGUGGAGAAAAAGUUUGAUCAGAACUAGAGUGAAGAAUAUAAGAAAAAUAAAAUCAGCUAUUACAAUUCAGCAGAAAUUUAGAGCAACGAAGUUAAUGAAGUAUGAAAGAAAUAUUUUUCUAAUGAAAAAAGCUGCUGCUGUAAUGAUACAAAAAUGGGCCAGGAAGGUACUGCCUGUGAAACAGCAGAGGAGAAUUUUUAUUAGACAAAGGGAGAGUGCAGUAGUUAUUCAGAGGUGGUGGAGAGCUAUUUUACUACAGCGGCAUCAUGAGGUCUUCAAUAAAAGAAUGGUAGCUAAAGUACUUUACAUUCAGAGAUGGUACAGAUCACAAAUGCAUAUGCGCAAACAGAGGACUUGGUAUCAAAGAUUGCUUUUGUCGGUCAGAUUGGUCCAGCAGAGGUUUCGAGCCAACAGAGCAAUGAAGCAACAGCAGAUUGCUUUCCAGGUCCAAAAGGCUGCUGCUUUGAAAAUACAAUGUUGGAUUAGAGCAGUCUACUUAAUGAGAAAAGAUCGCACAUCGUUUCUGGAGCAAAAACGAAGUGCAAUUGUUAUACAACAAUGGUAUCGAAAUAUGUGUUCUACAAAAUUACAACAACAUGAAUAUCAAAAACUGAAAUUGGCUGUUCGAUUAGUUCAGCAGAGAUUUCGAGCCAACAGAGCAAUGAAGCAACAGCAGGUUGCCUUCCAGAUUCAGAAGGCUGCUGCUAUGAAAAUACAGUAUUGGAUUAGAGCUGUCUAUUUAAUGAGAAAAGAUCGCACAUCGUUUCUGGAGCAAAAACGAAGUGCAAUUGUUAUACAACAAUGGUAUCGAAAUAUGUGUUCUACAAAAUUACAACAACAUGAAUAUCAAAAACUGAAAUUGGCUGUUCGAUUACUUCAGCAGAGAUUUCGAGCCAACAGAGCAAUGAAGCAACAGCAGGUUGCCUUCCAGAUUCAGAAGGCUGCUGCUAUGAAAAUACAGUAUUGGAUUAGAGCUGUCUAUUUAAUGAGAAAAGAUCGCACAUCGUUUCUGGAGCAAAAACGAAGUGCAAUUGUUAUACAACAAUGGUAUCGAAAUAUGUGUUCUACAAAAUUACAACAACAUGAAUAUCAAAAACUGAAAUUGGCUGUUCGAUUAGUUCAGCAAAGGUUUCGAGCCAACAGAGCAAUGAAACAACAGCAGGUUGCUUUCCAGCUCCAAAGGACUGCUGCCUGCAAAAUACAGUGUUGGAUUAGAGCUGUUUAUUUAAUGAGAAAGGUGCGCAAAUCGUUUCUAGAGCAAAAACGAAGUGUAAUUAUUAUACAACAAUGGUAUCGAAAUGUGCAUUCCACAAAAUUACAACAACAUGAAUAUCAAAACCUGAGAUUCACUGUUCGAUUAGUUCAGCAGAGAUUUCGAGCCAACAGAGCAAUGAAGCAACAGCAGGUUGCCUACCAGCUUCAGAAGGCUGCUGCUAUGAAAAUACAGUGUUGGAUUAGAGCUGUUCAUUUAAUGAGAAAAGAACGAACAUCAUUUUUGGAACAAAAAAGUAGUGCAAUUAUUAUACAACAGUGGUAUCGAAAUAUACGUUUAACAAAAUUACAGCAACAAGAGUACCAAAAACUGAGGUUAGUAGUGAUACACAUUCAGCAGAAAUACAGGGCUACAUUGUUGAUGAAAUAUGAUAGAAAUAUUUAUCAGAGGAAAAGGUGGGCAUCUGUUAUUAUUCAGAGAUGGUUUCGAGCCACUCUUAAUAUGAAACAUCAGCGUGAUUUGUAUUUGACACAGAGACGUUGUAUUAUUACAAUACAGAGAUGGUUCAGGAGUGUUUGGUCCAAAAGAGAAAGAGAAGCAAAACGAAAAGUACUCGUUCCCAUGUCCCAAUCAGAAAUUGAAAAUCGUGCUGCGGUCAAAAUACAGGCCUUUUGGAGAGGUUUUGCUGCACGAAAGCGGCUGCCUAGUAACUGCUUAAGUCUGAAAAAUAGAGGUGUUACCAGAAACCCCUCGCAGCCUGUUCAGACAUUGCGGUGGAAGUAUACAAAUAAUCUGAGGUGCUUUGAACAGAAUUCCCUGGGACAGAUGAUCAUGCUCUUCAUGUCUCUGACUUCUUUGACUGAACUGUCUAGAGAGAUAUGUAAAGAUUUUUCUGCAAGUGAAUACCUACCAAAAGUUUUUGGUGAACUUAAACGAUCAAAUCGUUCAUUUGCAUAUCAGAGACUCUGUUCACUUGGAACACAGUUACUCUUGAAUCUGGCAAAAUACCCAGAAAACAGGGACAAUAUUUGGCAGGUUGAUGAGGCCCUAGAAAUAAUGUUUCAACUGAUGACGCAGUCUGUAGGAACACAGUUCACAAUAUUCUCCAAUUGCUGCAAAGUACUUUGGUUGCUUGCUGAUGAUCCUUUGAAAGCACAAGUGAUUCAUGGAAAUCCUCAGUCCAUAAACACAAAGAGACUUUUUAAUUUCUAUUAUCAAGAGCAAAAGAAAAUUAAUUCACGCAGACCAUCUUCUGCCUGUGGUGGUUCUACCAGCAAGACAAGCAAUACCAGUGAAAGGAAAUGGCCCGUUAGUGGUGGAUGUGCCAAGAGGACAUACAGUGCUAGUAGAAGACAAGGUCCUGUUAGUGGUGGCUCAGUUAACCUUAAUUACAGCGCUAAUAGAAGACUGUGUCCGGCUAGUCAUUCAUCUGUGAACAAAAGGGCAACCAAUAUAAGCCAAUUGGACAAUUCUCUCAAUGCUAUUAAAUACUUGCUUGAGAAAUUAGGUUUAUUGUAAUCUGUUUGUAAUUAUGUUAAUCAUCUUUACACUAAUGACUUCAUUUAUAUCUUUCAUUUGUAAAAUGCUGCGCAUUGCCUACUUCCCCUCACUUGCAGGUGCUCUGCAAGUGGAGUUAUUCCCCCAGGUGCUAUAUUUUUAUUGUCAAAGCACCCUGAGUGGUAAUAUUGUAAACAUUAUAAAUACAAAAUACUUUUUGAUCUUUCAAAUAAUGUAUACUUAAGAACAGUAUUGCAUAUCAGUGAAACAUUUUAUGUAAAGUAAUUGCUGCAUUACUGGUCUUUAAGCGUUUUGAUGACAGUUGCUUUUUAUUUUCAUUGUCAGCAGAGAUGGAAGUCAAACUUGUAGUUCACAUUGUGGAUAAUUUCUUUGCAUAUUUUAGAAGCCCAUUUUCCUAUCAACUUCAUGUGAUUCCUUUUUACGUUUAAUUUUUUGAUUUAUGAGUUUAUACUGCACACAGUUUAAAAAUCCUUAGUCACCGUUCAUAUUUUGCAGUAGCUUUUGUAAAGUGUUUUUUGAUUAUUGUGCUUUUGUUUCUACGAAUGAUGAAAAGGUGUUAUGCAUUUGCAGUACUCACAAACAAGUGAGAGUACAUUGCCAAUCAAAACAAAAGAAAAAGGUUGAGUAACAGUAUUUUUUUUUAAGAAAAUAGUGUAUUUUGUGUUCAGUUUACCUUAACUUCCAGUGCCCACUUUUUUUCGUGGUUGUGAGUAAUGUUUUACUUAGGAGCUUCUGUUAGUGCAUGAACAUUUUAUUGAUUAUUAUUCUGAAAACUGCAGUUUAUUUAGCCUUUUACACUUGUGUUUGAUACGUCAUGUGGUGUACAAUAGUGAACAUGUAAGAAACUGUAUAUAGUGUACUUAGUACUAUUUCAUGUACAACAGAGACAUUUUAAUAAAUAAAAUGUAAAUUUUAUGCAAUGUAGAAA